AUGCCUCCACUAUCAGGAGCAUUCGACCACGUCAGAAGAAGCCAUGCCUCCACUAUCAGGAGCAUUCGACCACGUCAGAAGAAGCCAUGCCUCCACUAUCAGGAGCAUUCGACCAUGCCAGAAGAAGCCAUGCCUCCACUAUCAGAAGCAUUCGACCACGUCAGAAGAAGCCAUGCCUCCACUAUCAGGAGCAUUCGACCACGCCAGAAGAAGCCAUGCCUCCACUAUCAGGAGCAUUCGACCAUGCCAGAAGAAGCCAUGCCUCCACUAUCAGGAGCAUUCGACCACGUCAGAAGAAGCCAUGCCUCCUUCGUGUCAUUGUGA